CUCAUAGUCUCAACCUUAAUUAUUCAUCUACAAACAAAUGUCUCUCCAACGCGGGAAACUCCAAUAGCAAAACCACUCAAUCAACAAUAAAACCCUCUCAAAAUCCCAUCAGCAACCAUGUCCUCCAGCGUCAUAGUCCUCGACAAUGGCGGAUCCACCAUUAAAAUCGGCGUUGGAGGUGACCGUAAUCCUACUCUCAUUACCCCAAAUUCCACCGCAAAACCCCCCUUUUCUUCUUCUUCCUCGAAAAAACUCUUAACCUCAAACGAAAUCCUCUCUUUUGAUCCAACUUCACUUUCCCUUCGUCGCCCCAUUGACCGUGGUUAUCUCCUUAACCCAGAUCUUCAACGUGAUAUCUGGGCCCAUCUUUUCCGUACUUUACCACUUCCAUCACCCAAUAAUUCAUCCCUUCUACUUACAAAUCCACUUUUUUCUCUUUCUCAUUCACCCAUUUUUGAGCUUGUUUUUGAAGAUUUUAAUUUUAGGUCUCUUUAUAUUUCUGAUUCUCCAUCUUUAGUUCAUCUUUAUGAAGCUAGUAGAAACCCUAACGGUGUCGUUUCCAGGACACAAUGUAGUCUUGUUGUUGAUUGUGGAUUUUCUUUUACUCAUGUUGCUCCGGUUUUUCAGAAUUUUAGUAUUAAUUAUGGGGUUAAAAGACUUGAUUUGGGUGGGAAGGCUUUGACGAAUUAUUUGAAGGAAUUGGUUUCUUAUAGGUCUAUUAAUGUUAUGGAUGAAUAUUUGAUUUUGGAUCAUGUUAAAGAACAACUUUGCUUUGUUUCUCUUGAUGUUCCUCGUGAUUUGCAGAUUGCAAGGAAGUCUGGCAGAGAUAACCUUUUCAAAUGCACAUAUGUCCUUCCGGAUGGUAUCACUCAUACAAAGGGGUUUGUAAAAGACAUUAAUGAAGCACAGAGGUACCGUACUCUAUAUGACGAAACACCAAACGUUACAACCAAUGAGGAGAAGGUUAAAAAUCCUUCAGAAGAUGCAGAAGAUUUAGAUGACAGAAAAAAAGUCGAUUUAACCAAAAAUGAGUUUAACUUGACCAAUGAGCGAUUCCUUGUGCCGGAGAUGAUUUUUCGCCCUGCUGAUUUAGGAAUGAAUCAAGCUGGUUUAGCCGAGUGCAUUGUCCGUUCCGUUAACUCUUGUCAUCCUCUUCUUCAUCCAGUCUUAUAUGAAAGCAUCAUUUUGACUGGCGGAAGCACUCUAUUUCCUCAUUUUGCUGAGAGAUUGGAAAUGGAGCUCCGACCAUUGGUCCCUGAUGAUUACCAAGUGAAGAUAACCACUCAGGAAGAUCCCAUAUUAGGUGUCUGGCGAGGUGGCUCACUUCUGGCUUCUAGUCCUGAUUUUGAGUCAAUGUGUGCUACAAAAGCCGACUAUGAGGAGGAAGGAUCAGCCCGUUGUAGUAGACGAUUCUUUCAGUGAAUUGAUAUGGGUUUGUUACUGCAACUAUCAAAUGCAAUGAGCUUCUGUGCAGAAAAUAGGCUAGAAGAUACUUUAACCUUCCCAGCUCUCCAACUGUACUUGCGUUCAGGGGAUAUCUUUACAGCAUGCUGAUGACUCUGCUAACGAAUGUGGGCUGACACUCAAUUUGGUAUUUUGAAGUGCCAUCUUAGGAGUCUAGUGUUGUAUCAUUCUAUGAGGUGCAUUAUUUGUUAUUUUAAUGUAUUAUAUGAUGUAAAAUUUUACCAGCAACAUUUCUUUAGUCUAGUUUUACUACAUGAAUUCAACCUAGACAAAGUUUAGGGGUUAAAUACUUGAAUACUUCAUAUCAUAUGUAAUCAUAUCUUUGUAAUAAGACCACAUGAAUUCCAUCUUAGGAGAACUGUAACGUCAGCUGAGUUUGGUUUCCUA